GACAAUUUGCGUUGUAUAUUUCCGCUUUUAGUUAUCCCUUUAAAAAAAUGAGAACACGCGUAUUGCUUUGCACAGUAAUGAUAUUGUAAUUCAUGUCAUUUAGCUAGCUAGCCAUUUCCUUUAACAUCUGUAAUGGUGGAUGGAGUGGGGAGCUAGUGAGCUAAAAGUUGCUGCUUCAUGGUAGCUCGAGAGCUAGCAAGCAUACUAAUUGAUAGAGCUUGCGCUAUUACAAAAGUUGUAACUAUGGCGUAAACAGAAGUUAACGUUAACUUGCAAUGAAUCAAUCCAUAUUGGUGUGUACAUAUGUUGUCCUUAUAGCGAAUUAUUUCAAAAUCCUCAGGUACUACUGCACUUUCAGUUUCACUCUGCUGGCCUCCGCACUAGCGCAGGCAAACUAGCUAACGUUAGCCAUAGCUAUGACAAGCAAGCGCUGAAAAACUAGAAUACCGGCAUGGAUAAAUAUCAAUCUGGCAGAAUGAGUUGCUAAGCCUUUAGCAACUUGCUUAUCACAUAGUGGAGUUGAUGAAUUUGUUAUCUAAACAUUAUUUGUUUAACCUCCACAGCAUUUUAAAGGAAACUACUAAGAUGUCUCGUCGAUAUGAUUCAAGAACAACCAUCUUCUCGCCUGAAGGCCGCCUAUACCAGGUAGAGUAUGCCAUGGAGGCCAUUGGUCACGCUGGCACUUGUCUGGGGAUUUUGGCCAAUGACGGUGUGCUGCUGGCGGCUGAGAGGAGGAACAUCCACAAGCUAUUGGACGAGGUGUUUUUCUCAGAAAAGAUCUACAAGCUGAAUGAGGAUAUGGCGUGUAGUGUGGCUGGAAUCACAUCCGAUGCCAACGUACUGACCAAUGAGCUGAGACUAAUAGCACAGAGAUACCUACUGCAGUACCAGGAGCCUAUCCCCUGUGAGCAGCUGGUUACAGCUCUGUGUGACAUCAAACAGGCCUACACACAGUUUGGAGGGAAAAGGCCGUUUGGCGUGUCUCUGCUGUACAUGGGUUGGGACAAACACUAUGGUUUCCAGCUCUACCAGAGUGACCCCAGCGGCAACUACGGAGGCUGGAAGGCCACCUGUAUCGGCAACAAUAGUGCCGCGGCCGUGUCCAUGCUGAAGCAGGACUUCAAAGAAGGAGAGAUGUCUCUGUCCUCUGCCCUGGCUCUGGCCGUCAAAGUGCUCAACAAGACUAUGGACGUCAGCAAGCUGUCUGCUGAGAAAGUGGAGAUCGCCACUCUGACCAGAGAGAACGGAAAGACUUGCAUCAAGGUGCUGAAACAGAAGGAAGUGGAUGAGCUGAUCAAGAGACAUGAGGCGGAGGAGGCCAAAGCGGAGAAAGAGAAGAAGGAAAAAGAGCAGAAGGAGAAAGACAAAUGAGUGGCCCACAUUGUUACUUUUCUGUUAAAAAAAAUCCAAAUAGUUCAGGUUUUCUAAAUUGUUCUUUGACUAUCUGUUGUAUUUCUUUAAAUAAAGGCUAAAUACUAUA